UCUAUUUUCCACUGACAAACGCCUCAAAACCAAAAUCGCACUCCCCUUUGAAGUUUGAUCACCAAAAGCUCUCAAAUUUCGCAACACAAGACCUCAUUCAUCAUCCAUGGAAGAAUCACACGAAGGAAUUCCAAAACAACAACGAAACGAAGAAGAGCCACUGAAACAAGAACCUAAAGCAGAUCCUCCACCACAGUCACCGCCGCAAGCGAAUAGCAAUAAAGGGUGGGGAGGCUGGGGAAUCUCCGCUUUCUCUGUACUCACAGAUCUCCAAAAAGCCGCCACGGCCGCCGCUGAAGAGAUCUCCCGCAAUGCUGCUGUGGCUGCAGAGAAGGCAGCAAAGAGCAUUGCUGACAUGCAAAUCAGUGCUGAGGACUCAGAAUCUUCUAAGGAGGAGAAAGAGGCUGGAGAUAAUGAGGAGGGAGAGGCAGGAGAAUCUGCAGCUGAAAAGGAAACUGAUGAUGAGGAUGACAAUGCCCGAAAGUCUGUUUUGGAUAAAUUGGAGAAAGCUAGUGAAGAUUCCAUCCUUGGCCAGCGUUUGAAAGUUCUUGAUGAUUCCGUGGAGAACUUCGCUUCAGGAGCAUGGCAGGCACUAGGAAAUGCUUGGAAAGGGGGGACCAAUUUGGUUCAGAAGCUUGAGCAUUCUGCUGUGAACCUUGCAGAAUCUAUACAGCAUGGUAACUUACCUGGAGCAGCACCAUCCUUAAUUGAGACUGGAAAAGCUUUUACUUCAAAGGGAAUGCAAGUGCUUGAAUAUGUAGGGAAAGAGACUAUGGAUCUAUUGAUCACUGAGACUGGUAUUGAAGUUGAGAAGGUUUAUAAUGACCCAGAACAUCACACUGAUGAGGAUCGAUUACUUGAAGAUGUGACAUUUGAUCGGUGUUUCUACAUUUAUGGUGGUCCAGAACAGUUGGAGGAACUGGAGGCAUUGUCUAGCCACUAUGCCUUGUUAUUUAACCGGAGAAAAGCGAAAUUAUCAUCUGAACAGAAGUCCAUAUAUGAUGGGAAGCUUAAACUGGUCCAGCAAAUUUUUAUGUUGAGUAACAAGAUUGAUGGGAAUGUCUUAGAGUCGGACAAGGGGAAGAAAAUAGAGACUGGAAGUGAGGGAAAUGGUAACGAGAUGAAAAGUCUACACGAUUCAAGUGUCAAUAAGGCUGCUGACAUGGCUGUAGGGUUCACAAGUACCUUGGCAGAACUGAAGGCUAAUGAUAUAAUUCAAAGGACUGCGGGCAGACUAGAGUCUCUUCAUUCGGAGGGGGUUCAUAGAGUCUCAGAAAUGUGUUGUUUUGCGGUGUCUCAACUGCUAAUGGUUGGUAAAUCUAUCAUAUCCUUUGCAAACGGAAUUGAGGAAGAAGAUGCUGAUAUGGAUAUGAUGAAUAUUGACUGGCCUGCGGAUUCUGUUGAAAAAGCAAGGAUAAUCCGAACAAAGGCACAAAUGAUGACCGGUUAUGUUGAAGAAGUUUCUAGCAGUUUUAUCACUGGGAUAUCUGACGUGGCUGAAGCUUAUCUUGCGGCCAUUAAGGCUACAAGUGUUGAUUCUCAAGAAGUUGUUCCGCAGAAAUCUAUCCAAGAAAAAGCCAAUGUCUACUCAGAAAAUCUCACAGCUGAUAAAAAUAUAGCAGUGGCGAAAAUCCAAGACGGGCUCCAAUACCUGUCUUACGUGGUCCUUUCAACUUCAAUGCCUACUGCUUGAGAAAUUAGAUUCUAGUUUAUCAUAGUUAUUCAGGUAGCUAGUUAGUUGUAUUUUUGUAAAUAGUUGUAACUGUGAUACAUACAGCAUAAGGUGCAUUGCAUUAUCUCAUUGGGUUGAACUCCUUUAGACUAAAUUUGAGAUCACGCGUUUCUUCCCGAUCUUAAGGGCCGUAAUCUGAGAUGUGAAUCUCAAAUUCUGGAUCGUCCAUUUCCGUUGUUUGAAAUGGUAACUAUGGUAACAAAUUUUAUGUUUUUGUCA